AUUUGGUGCUGUACUGCGAAGCCUUCUUGACAACUUACCGAACCUUCAUCUCCCCCGAAGAACUCAUCAAGAAGCUGCAGUACAGAUACGAGAAGUUCUGCCACUGUCCGGACACGUUCAAGAAGCGGGUCAGCAAGAACACUUUCUUCGUCCUGGUCCGAGUGGUGGAUGAGCUGUGUUUGGUGGAGUUGACAGAGGAGAUCCUGAAGCUGCUGAUGGAUCUGGUCUUCCGUUUGGUCUGCAACGGGGAGCUCAGCCUUGCCCGGGUCUUACGCAACAACAUCCUCGACAAAGUCGAUCAGAAGAAAAUUCUGCUAUACACCAACUCAAUCAAGCCCCUCUCGGCCCGGGGGGUGGCAGCCAGACCCGGGACCCUCCAUGAUUUCCAUAGCCACGAGAUAGCGGAGCAGCUGACCCUCCUGGACGCAGAGCUCUUCUAUAAGAUAGAGAUCCCUGAAGUCUUGCUGUGGGCAAAGGAGCAGAACGAAGAAAAGAGCCCCAACCUGACCCAGUUCACGGAGCACUUUAAUAACAUGUCAUACUGGGUCCGUUCGAUCAUCAUGCUGCAGGAGAAAGCGCAAGACCGAGAGAGGCUGCUGCUGAAAUUUAUAAAGAUCAUGAAGCACUUACGGAAGCUCAACAACUUCAACUCCUACUUGGCCAUUCUCUCCGCUCUGGAUUCGGCACCCAUCCGCCGGCUCGAGUGGCAGAAACAAACAUCAGAGGGCCUGGCUGAGUACUGCACACUGAUCGACAGUUCUUCCUCCUUCCGGGCAUAUCGAGCGGCUCUCUCAGAGGUGGAACCUCCUUGCAUACCCUACUUAGGCCUCAUCCUGCAGGACUUGACCUUCGUCCACCUGGGGAACCCGGAUUACAUCGAAGGCAAAGUGAACUUUUCCAAGCGUUGGCAGCAGUUUAACAUCCUGGACAGCAUGAGGCGCUUCCAGCAGGCGCAUUACGAGAUCAAGCGGAACGACGACAUCAUCUCGUUCUUCAACGACUUCAGCGACCAUCUGGCCGAGGAGGCCCUGUGGGAACUCUCGCUCAAAAUCAAACCUCGUAACAUAACGAGGCGAAAGACAGACCGGGAGGAGAAGACCUAAGCGGGGGCGGGCGGAGGCCUUGGGCAUAAAGGAUCGCUGGGCGCAGGCGUAGGCAGCAGCUGUAAGACAUGGACCUGACUCUGUGCCACGCCCCCCCUCCCCUCCCAGGCCAGCCCCAGCAGUCGGGGAGUCUUGGCAGGGAGGCCGUGAUCGUUGGCGCGCGCCGUCCUCCCAGUCAGGCUGCGGGAGUGAGCCGCCAGGUCCUUCCGCUCUCCUCCCGGCGCUGCCCAGUGCUCGGUGCCGUAGAUCAGCUUUCAGCGCAGAGAGAGAGUGUCGUGGAAAGGGGGGGGGAAUCAGUACCGCCGUGUUCCUGCUUUGCCAGAUUUGAAGUUUGACUUGCGCUGCGUGUGCCGGAAAGAAGGAGAGCCUUUGCCUCCGUUUCCACGUGCGGAGGGAUGAGGAGAGAGGAGUCCCACCGAGAUACCUUGCAUCGCGCCCCCGUGAGCUGCUUGCACAAGCGUCCGUGCAGGAAAUGGAAGCGGUCGCUAUCAAGGACGUUUCCUCCGUGUGUCCCCAAGGAGCACCAUCUCAAACGGCAUUUCCACACCGAGAGCCCCGGGGAAAUGGGAGGCCAGGAGACAUUACGUCCCGUCGUCAUCCCCCACAGAGCAUGUGUGUGUUUACAGGGAUAUUUAAUCGAAUGCCCCCAACUGCCGGGACGGAGAAGGAAAGAGCCGAGCCGGAGUAGCCCUGUGCUCCCCCCCCCCCCGGAUCCACCGGGAUCUCCGGGUCACCACCACCAACAUUUCAGUCUCUGCUCUCGGCUCGGGAAUCCAGAAUUGCCAAGAUUUCUGUGCCCCUCCCCUCCCCUCCUCACUCUGUGGGUGGGGGACAUAUAUUUUAAUGAUGAUGGUACUAUCUGUAACAGUAAAUAUGUAGUAUAUCUGUCUUGUAAAUAGAAAUCUCUAGAUGCCAUUGUUUAAUUUUAUUUUGCUGCAUGUCUGAAUUGCCACUGGGUUUUUAAGAGGAAACUUAAAGGGGGGGGGGAGAAGGCAAAGCGAUGUGCAUAAAAACGGAAGGGAGCGCGUGACCAUCACUGUGUGAAAACUUCAGCCGCGGUGUCAGGGGGUGAGGGAGGCAGUCGGAAGUCAAGGCAGGGAGCAGAAGAGACAAAAACCACAGCUAGGAACUCUGGGCAGAGACGAAACGAGGGUGGAAAAUCCAAAGGCCUUCUACCCUGUUCUUUCUCUAAUUAGCCAGGGGCUCAAUCCACCAGACAGGACAAAAGAAAACCCCCUUCACGGAAUAUGUGAUUAGCCUGUGGGACUCAUUGCUACAAGGACAGCAGCGAUGGCCACAAGGGGAUUAGACAGAUCAGCGGGGGACACGGAGCAGUGUUCCUCUGAAUGCCAGUUUCGGGGGGGGCUACAGGAAGCACCUUUGCCCCCCCCCAAUCUCUGCUCGUGGGCCCUCCAGGGGUAUCUGUUUGGCUAUUGCGGGAAAGCAAGGACCAGGCCAGAUGUCUCCUUGAAAUGAGCUGGAAGCGCACAGGAGCCUGCUGGAGCCUCUUGCGCAGGGGGUCAAGUGUACCCCCUCCCCUGUUCAGCCAUCUCUCAGAACGAGCUUUCGAAGGCUCGGGGCCUGUCGUGGCAAGGAAGGGGGGCCUGCGUUGCCAAAUUCUGCACGAGGCAAGGCCUGCCGGUCAGCUCUGCCGCCGCGUCUCAGCACUGUUGCCGGUGGGUCUUGGAAAUCUUCCUGUUUGCCAAACAAGCCCUCUAAAGCGUAAGGGUGGGAGGAGGCGGCUUCUUCCCGUUGCGCUCAGGACUUGAGCCGCAGCAGGUGUGGAAGUGGGGGCAGAGAUUCAGCCCGCGCCCCCCCAUAAUUCUCUGGCCAAAGGAGCCCGGCCGCUCCCCCCAGGAAGCUGCUUAGCAGAGGGAUCCGGUGGUCCCUCCUGGCCCCAAGGAAUGAACUGGAUGACCGUUCCUGCCUCCAGACCACCUUUGCAAGAAGCCGGGUGUGGCGCUUUUCCCCGUCCAACACACCCUUCCCCCCCCCCCUUUAAUGCCAGCAGCCGUUGAAAGAGAACGGUCCAAAGAGAGACAGAGAGCUGGGUUGGUGCUUUAGCUACUUUAUCCAGGAGGUGGGAGUGAUUCUUUCCCCCCCCCCGCUUUGUACCCUGCAAACCAUAAGCAAUUGAGGCCAUCACUCCCACCCCCCUCCCCACCCCCCUCCUGGCUCUUUCUAGUAAAAAUAAAGAGGAAAUACACAAAACGUGAGCUGCAGGCUUCGUGCCGAGCCUGGCUGGGCACUGCAUUUCUCGUUCAAAGCAGCAAGCGAGAAGGGCGUUCCGUGAGCUGGCUUGGCCCUUCCUUUUCCCCUAGGCUGGUGUGCUUCCUCGGUUGCGCAUUCUUAGGGACUUCUUUUGCGCCUGCCAGUGACACGUGAGGUGGAGGUGUGGCUGCAAGUUCUAGGGGUGCCGGCCUCCAGGUGGGACCUGGGGACCCCCUGGAAUUACAGCUCAUCUCCAAACUACAGAGA